UGGUCCAUUGUGGGCAACUCCUGAUAUGUAAUCUCCUUUCACUGCAUAUUGUCAUUGUCCUGCAGUAGAGAGUCAUAAGGAGUCGUGUAGGGCAUGGAGAGAUUAUGUGACUUGCCCGUGGUCACACAGAGUAUGAGAGACAGGUUUCAAUCCCAGGUCUUUUUUACUUUCGGGUAGCCCUUCUCUUCACUACACCAUGCUGCCUCUCAUGAAGCAUUUUUUUUUUUUAAAUUCAGAGUAACCUUGGUUGAUGUCAUUGAUUAAAAUACAUUCUUCUCUUUUUCCCUUCUUCUAGUUGGGUCUACCUCAGAGAUAAUGGAAACCACUUUGGACUAUAGCAACUACUACAGCUUUGACCUCCCCAGUCCUUGCAGCAAAGGGGGAGUGAGGGACUUUGGAAAACUCUUCCUGCCACCAUUAUAUUCUCUGGUGUUCCUAUUUGGUCUGCUGGGCAACCUCAUGGUGGUUCUGGUCCUCCUCAAAUACAAGCGGCUUAAAUCCAUGACUGACGUGUACCUGUUCAACCUCGCCAUCUCUGACCUGCUCUUUGUUUUUUCCCUCCCUUUCUGGGCCUACUAUGUUGCUGACCAGUGGGUUUUUGGAACAGCCCUUUGCAAAAUCAUUUCCUAUGUAUAUCUGGUUGGGUUUUAUAGCGGUAUAUUCUUCAUCAUGCUCAUGAGUGUAGACAGGUACCUGGCAAUAGUGCAUGCUAUUUUUGCCUUGAGAGCCAGGACUCUGACUUAUGGGGUUAUUACAAGUCUAGUUAUAUGGUCAGUAGCCAUAUUUGCCUCACUUCCAGUCUUGCUAUUCAGCACAUCUUACACGGAGAAUAACAAUACCUACUGCAAAGAGAAGUACCCUGGGAAUUCAACCACAUGGAAGGUUCUAAGCUCUCUAGAAAUCAACAUCUUGGGGCUUUUGAUUCCUCUUGGAAUCAUGUUCUUCUGUUACACCAAGAUCAUCAAGACCCUGCAACGCUGCAAAAAUGACAAAAAGAAUAAGGCAGUAAAAAUGAUCUUUGCAGUCAUGGUUGUGUUCCUGGUGUUCUGGAUCCCAUACAAUAUUGUGCUCUUCUUGGAGAGUCUGGUAGAAUUGGAAAUUUUCCAGGACUGUACCUUUAGCAUGGAGCUCGACUAUGCACUCCAGGCCACUGAAGCUCUGGCUUUUGUUCAUUGCUGCCUCAAUCCAGUCAUCUACUUCUUCCUAGGGGAAAAAUUCCGAAAAUACAUCAAGCAACUCUUCAAAACUUGCAGGAGGCCUUUAAGGUUCUGCAAAUACUGUAGUUUUCCUCAAGUUUAUGCUUCAGAAACACCCAGUUCUUCUCACACUCAGUCUACUAUGGAUCAUGAAAUCCACGAUGCUUUGUAAAGAACAGCAGACAAUCUUCCUUCAAGAGAGAGAGAGGAACUGAGAUAUCCCUUGAUGUCCCUAUUCAGAUUCCAAUCAAUAAAUAGACAGUCAGAACAUCAAUCUGUCCCUCACCAUGAAAUGGGCUUUUCUUCUUAAAGUGUGUUUAAUUCCCAAACCGAGUCAUUGUUCAACUGGGUUAAGAAACCUCAGCUUGUUCUGCUCUCCCAUAAUUAGAAUAGCAUCCUGGGUGAUGAUUUAAAAAAGCCUAUCUGUGAAGAAUAUCAACAGGGUGACAGAUAACAAAGAUGGGGAUGCUAUUAAUAUGUGGCCAGAGAUGACUAACUAGACAGCCAAAGGUUAUGGAGAUGGCAAAAAAAGAAAAAAACUACCCAGAACAUUUGAGAUUGUUCAGGCUGCGACUCUUCAUUUAUAUCCCUGGUAUGUAAGAAGUCAAUGGAGGGUAGAGUUUUUUGAUUGUUCUCUACCUACUACAAUUCAUUUUAUUUUCUUUCCUUUUCCUUUUUCUUUUUUUCCUUUUUUUGGCCUGUUUUUUCAUCAGGUAUUCUUGUUUAAAUCUUUUGGACAUAAUGCAUUUUAUAGACUGGUAGUCUCAAACUCAGAUUUUGUGCUUGUUUUAAGUUGAUAACUCCUCCCUUCUUCUUGCACUACUUCUGUUGAAAACCCUAUUUUUUCUCCACAAAGAUUCAUUUAAUCCAAUUACCUCUAAAAAAGGUUUCUCUGGUCUAUCUGGGGAAUAUAGCAAGCAGCUCCAUGCCUAAAAUUUUGAGAAUCCUGAUGUAGCUUGAGCAUGUUCCAUAUAUAUAUAUAUAUAUA